UUUUUUGUCCAGGCCUACACUUCCAACAGUUUAUAAUCCGCAGCCAAAUGCUUAAACCCUUACCAAGAAACCACUGACGCCAAAAACUGCAAAACCAGACAACCCCACACCCCCUUCUGUAGCCAUUUCCAAGAUUGGAAAUGGCAGGUCCUCUGCUUCGCUCUUUAUACUCCGCCACCAGAAAAUCCCUGUCGCCCUCAUCUUCAUGGCCCUCUCUCAAGCCCUACCCCACACCACGCGCCGCCCACCUUCUCCCACGCGUCUUCUCCUCCGCCCCUUCCACAGCCGUUGCCGCUGCAGCUCCUGGCAGCUCCCUGGACCCCGCUCGGCUCCGGAAUGUGGCCGUGAUCGCACACGUCGACCACGGCAAAACCACCCUCAUGGACCGCCUUCUCCGGCAGUGCGGCGCUGAUAUCCCUCACGAACGCGCCAUGGACUCCAUCAGCCUCGAGCGUGAGCGCGGCAUCACCAUUGCCUCCAAGGUUACAUCUAUUUCAUGGAAGGAUAAUGAGCUAAAUAUGGUUGAUACACCUGGACAUGCAGAUUUUGGCGGUGAAGUUGAGCGGGUUGUUGGCAUGGUUGAGGGAGCAGUUUUAGUUGUAGAUGCUGGUGAAGGUCCGCUAGCACAAACUAAGUUUGUUCUUGUUAAAGCUUUAAAGUAUGGACUACGUCCCAUUCUUCUUCUAAACAAAGUAGAUCGGCCUGCAGUUUCUGAAGAGAGGUGCAAUGAAGUUGAGAGCCUAGUGUUUGAUCUCUUUGCAAACCUUGGGGCUACAGAGGAGCAGCUAGAUUUUCCAGUACUCUAUGCUUCUGCUAAAGAAGGAUGGGCCUCUUCCAGCUUCACAAAAGAUCCUCCCAAUGAUGCAAAGAAUAUGUCCCAGUUGCUUGAUACCAUUCUAAAACAUGUUCCUCCACCAGUUGCUAGCCUUGAUGCACCAUUCCAAAUGCUGGUUUCCAUGAUGGAACGGGACUUCUAUCUUGGGCGAAUAUUGACUGGCCGCAUUUCUUCUGGGGUUAUUCGUGUUGGUGAUAGAGUUCAUGGACUUCGUAGCACAGAUUCUGGAGUUGAGAAAGUUGAAGAAGGAAAGGUUUUGAAACUGAUGAAAAAGAAGGGUACAAGCAUGGUUCUAAUUGACAGCGCUGGAGCUGGUGAUAUAAUAUCAAUGGCUGGGUUGGCAAGUCCAUCCAUUGGGCAUACAGUGGCAAAUGUACAGGUUAUGACUGCAUUGCCAACUGUUGAGUUGGAUCCUCCAACCAUUUCCAUGACUUUUGGUGUAAAUGACUCUCCACUGGCAGGUCGUGAUGGUUCCCAUCUGACUGGAGGAAAAAUUGGUGAUCGAUUAAUGGCUGAAGCAGAAACAAAUCUUGCCAUAAAUGUUCUUCCAGGCUUAUCAGAAUCAUAUGAAGUUCAGGGGAGGGGGGAACUUCAACUUGGUAUCUUGAUAGAGAACAUGAGGCGUGAAGGAUUUGAGCUCUCUGUCUCACCACCUAAAGUCAUGUAUAAAACUGAGAAUGGUCAGAGGCUUGAGCCAUUGGAAGAAGUGACCAUCGAGGUAAAUGAUGAACAUGUGGGUUUAGUUAUGGAAGCCCUUUCUCAUAGGCGAGCAGAGGUUCUUGACAUGGGUCCUGUCGCUGGCAACGUUGGCAGAACGAGAAUGUCUUUGACUUGUCCUUCAAGGGGCCUGGUUGGUUACAGGAGUGUGUUUAGCAGUGACACACGUGGGACUGGAUUUAUGCACCGUGCUUUCCUGACCUAUGCAAAGCACCGUGGUCCCCUUGGAAAUGUCAGGAAAGGAGUAUUGGUAUCAGUCGGGCAUGGUACGACCACAGCAUAUGCACUAAUGAGUAUAGAAGCUCGUGGAACUCUUUUUGUAACUCCAGGGAUGGAGGCAUAUGAUGGCAUGAUUGUUGGUGAACAUUCACGAGAUACAGAUCUUGAUAUUAACCCAGUGCGGGCCAAGGAACUCAGCAAUAUGCGAGCUGCUGGAAAGGAUGAAAAUGUCAAGCUUACUCCUCCUCGCCUUAUGACUCUUGAAGAAGCAAUAGGGUACGUUGCGUCUGACGAGCUCAUUGAGGUUACGCCAAAAGCCAUUAGACUAAGAAAGAGAUACCUGGAUGCAAACAAGCGGAAAACAAUGAGGAAUAAGCCUAAGGACUGAAGCCUCUGCCCUACGAGAGAGAGAGAGAGAGAGAGAGAGAGAGAGAGGGAGAGCCAUGUAAUCCAUUUUUGAAACCUGAGGGUAGAUAAUUAUUAUAAGCCUCUGCCCACGAGAGAGAGAGAGAGAGAGAGAGAGAGAGAGAGAGAGAGAGAUGUUACCAUAUAGGCCAUUUUUGAAGCCUAGAAGAGAUAAUUAUUAACUUAUUCUUGAAGUAAGCAUCAUUGUAGAUUGUAAUUGUAAAUCCAAAAGUAAACAAAUAAAUGAAUAAGUGGUGACAAUAAGGGGAAAAUCAUGAUGUUUGUACUGGGUGAUGAUAAAAUAUAAGUGCAAUGAUUAAUUAUGCUUGAUUUGAAAGCACAAAAAUUUGCUUUCCCUGUAGAA